AUGAAGCUCUCCACCACUAUCGUUGCCUCCAUGGUUCUCGGGGCGCUCGCCGCCGACUUCAAGUACAAGAGGCUCGAUCGUGAGAAAGCUGUCCUCGCCGUGGUCGAUCACCAAGUCGGCCUGCUCCACCUCGUCCGGGACAUGGAUCCGACCGUGCUCAAGAACAACAUCAUUGCGCACGCCACCAUGGCCAAGGCCUUUGAGCUGCCUGUCGUCAUAACCACCUCUGCGGAGACCGGCCCGAACGGACCUACCAUGGCCGAGAUCACCAAGAUGUUCCCCAACGUCACGGUGAUCCCCCGCCCGGGCCAGGUCAACGCCUGGGACAACGAGGAUUUCCGCAACGCGAUAGCCGCCACCAACCGCAGCCAGGUCAUCAUCGGCGGCAUCGCCACGGACGUCUGCACGGCUUUUGCGGCGCUCUCCAUGACGGAGGCGGGCUACGAGGUCUUUGCCAACGGCGAGGCGUCGGGCACGACGACGGAGCUGGCGCGCGAGCUGGCCAACGCGCGCAUGCGCGACGCCGGUGUGCAGAUCCUGACGUCGUACGCCGUGUUCGGCGAGCUGAUGCGCGACUGGCGCACGCCGCCCACGGGCGUCGAGGUCUGGCCCUUUGCGGACAUGGCCUUCUCGUCGGCCGGCUUCAUCGGCCGCAGCCACGGCGCCGCCGUCGAGAAGGGCGCCAUCAUGCCCGGCCAGGAGCUCCUGUCGUGGUAG